AUGGCUGCUGCUAUAAGCACUGCAGUCUCUUUUCCUUCCUCCAAGUCCACUUCUCUCCCCACCAAAAGCUCCUUCGUCUCCCAUCAAAGGAUUUUCUUCAACAAGAGCACACUGUGUUACAGAGACGCGUGCAUCGGGGGCAGAGUGAAGGCUCAGGUGACAACAGAGACAACAACAGAGGCGCCGGUGAAAGUAGAGAAGGUUUCCAAGAAACAGGAAGAAGGAAUUGUUGUCAACAAAUUCAAACCUAAGAACCCUUACACUGGCCGAUGCCUCUUGAACACCAGGAUCACCGGCGACGAUGCUCCGGGUGAAACCUGGCACAUUGUCUUCACCACCGAAGGUGAGGUUCCGUACAGAGAAGGGCAAUCGAUAGGAGUGAUUCCUGAUGGAAUUGACAAGAACGGGAAGCCCCACAAGCUUAGGUUAUAUUCCAUCGCCAGCAGCGCCAUUGGUGACUUCGGAGACUCCAAAACCGUUUCUCUCUGUGUCAAGAGAUUGGUUUACACAAACGACAACGGGGAGCUUGUUAAGGGAGUCUGCUCCAACUUCUUGUGUGACUUGAAGCCGGGUGAUGAAGCAAAGAUCACUGGACCUGUUGGGAAGGAAAUGCUUAUGCCAAAAGACCCAAAUGCCACCAUCAUCAUGCUUGGAACAGGAACUGGAAUAGCUCCAUUCAGAUCAUUUUUGUGGAAAAUGUUCUUUGAGGAGCACGAGGACUACAAGUUCAAUGGCUUGGCGUGGCUCUUCUUGGGUGUACCCACAAGCAGCUCACUGCUCUACAAGGAGGAGUUUGAGAAGAUGAAGGAGAAGAACCCAGAGAACUUCAGACUGGACUUUGCGGUGAGCAGAGAACAAACGAACGAGAAAGGAGAGAAAAUGUACAUUCAGACAAGAAUGGCAGAGUAUGCAGAAGAGCUGUGGGAGCUACUGAAGAAAGACAACACCUUUGUUUACAUGUGUGGUCUUAAGGGUAUGGAGAAGGGUAUCGAUGAGAUUAUGGUCUCACUUGCUGCUAAAGACGGGAUCGAUUGGUUUGAGUACAAGAAGCAACUGAAGAGGAGUGAGCAGUGGAAUGUUGAAGUCUACUAA